AUGGUACUUGUUGUAUCUCUUUCUUCAUUGUUAAGUCUUCUCAUCCUCUUUACUGUCGUGGGUAAUAUUUUUGUCAUAUCUUCCAUUUUGCUUGACAGAAACCUACGCAGAGUUGGAAAUUACUUGAUCUUGUCCCUGGCCGUAGCGGACUUAAUGGUUGCUUGUUUGGUUAUGCCGUUAAGUGCUAUGUAUGAAGUUGAAGAAAAGUGGCCAUUAGGUCCAGUACUGUGCGACAUGUGGACAUCAUGUGAUGUGCUCUGCUGUACUGCGUCGAUACUCCACUUGUUAGCCAUAGCAGUUGAUAGGUAUCGAGCUGUCACACGCAUUGAUUAUGUUCGACAGAGGAACGUUCGGGACAUUAGUAUCAUGAUUUUCUUGGUUUGGGUCAUUGCUCUUGUUAUUUCUGUCGCUCCAAUAUUUGGAUGGAAGGAUCCUAAUUUUGAAGAACGCAUUUUUUAUCAACAAAAAUGUUUGAUAAGCCAGGAUGUCGCAUACCAGAUUUUUGCCACUUUUUCUUCUUUUUAUGUACCUUUGGUUGCCAUUCUCGUGCUUUAUUGGCGAAUAUAUCAGGAGGCUCGUAGGAGAAUCCGCAAUAAACCUGGUAAAAAUACACCGGUUACUGAGAAAAAACGAGGCGAGGAAUCUGCUGAGCUCUCGACAAUUCCAAACACUUUAACCUGUACAAAUUCAGAUCCGCCUCAAACAUCUUGCUCCGUUGUUGAAAAUAGAGACCUGGGAUCCUCCCAGAAAAAGGAUCGUGGCAAACAGCUAAAAGAUAUCGAAGCAAAACGUGAGAAGAAAGCAGCGAAAACUCUAGCUAUAAUCACAGGUGUUUUUAUUGUUUGUUGGCUGCCGUUUUUUGUAUUAGCCGUAAUUAUGCCAAUCUGUAGUUCGUGUGAACCAAACGAGAAAAUAUUCAGCAUGUCGCAAUGGCUGGGAUACACAAAUUCGAUGUUAAAUCCCAUUAUUUAUACGAUCUUCAGUCCGGACUUUAGACGAGCAUUCAACAGAGUAUUAUGUGGAGGUAAACGUCAACGAGCUACCAUAAUGUAGCCGAAAAGACCAAUUAAUAGUUUCCAAUAAGACUUCACAAAACGAGGAAUUCAGAUAUUGUACUUGAAGAAAUCGAUUUAAAAUUUAUGACACAACAAGGUAUAGAGACAUAAGAAUCCUUUCGUCAUUAAAAAAAUAAAGCUAAUCUUUACUACUAUUAUGUACUUUCUAUAACCUUAAGGUUAAUUUAUGGUCAAAGAGAGUGCAACAUUUGUUGGAAGUGAAGUUUAAAGUUUAAAGAAAAUAC